CUGACUAUCUCACCGCUCACCAAUGGGCUCUUAUGGAGAAGACUGUUGCCAUCCUCGCCCCCGUUGAGGAACUAACUAAAAAAGUGAGCAGCUACGACGCACUAGCCUCUGAUGUCAUCCCAGCUGUGACUGUGCUAGUGAGACUUCUAAACAGAGAAACAGACGAGGACCACGGCGUCAAGACAAUGAAAGCAACCUUACUGGCAGCUGUCAAGAAGCGCUUCAGUGACGUCGAGACCAACCCACUGUACUUCAUCUCCACCAUACUUGACCCAAGGUAUAAAGAUCGCUUCUUCUCCAACAACACUGCUCCGGAGGCCAAGCUGCACCUGAAGCAGGAGCUGCAGAUGAUGUCCAGAGCUGAGGCAGAGGGGAGUCGGGCAGAAGCUGCAGAACCUCCUGCUAAACUGUUCCUCAAGGCCCAGGCCAGCACUAGCAGCAGUCUGGACACUGUAUUUGAAGAAAUCGCUAAGGAGCAGCCCCAGGUAGCACAGCCGCUGGCAGCAGGUGCUGCCAUUGAGCUCGACACAUACCUCGGAGAGGCCCCAAGCCCUCGUGAUGACAGUCCUCUGAAGUACUGGGGUGUCAACAAAAUCAGGUUCCCCACUUUGGCUAAAAUGGCCCAGAAAUACCUCUCAGCCCCAUGUAGCAGUGUGGAAAGUGAAAGGCUUUUUAGCUCAGUGUCACACAUUAUAGAUGAAAACAGAAACAGGCUGACUGCUGAUAAUGCAGAAAAGCUACUUUUCUUAAAAAAAAACCUGCCACUCACUUUUUCUAAAUAGGCUCCAUUAAGUGAGUCGUCUUAGACUUGAUGUUAAUACCUACCUCAGUUGCACUGAUUGCCACAGUUCUAUGUUGGUGGAUGUUGUUAGUUUAUUCAAAUAUUGUGCACUAAAUAGCAAAGAUGUUUAUUAAUGCUCCUUGUGUUGUCCAAAGCGGCAGAGUUUACAACAAACUGAAAAAAAUACUUGAGUUGCACUGUCACUGUUUAAAUUUUUUUUUAUAAUUAUUUAUUCUGUAAUAUGUUGCAUACAACAUGCUUUUCAUUUUAAAUAAAUGUUCUUAAUUCCAAACUAGU